UCUCUCUGUUUCUUUCUCUCUCUCUGUUUCCCUCUCUGGUUCUCUCCCUCCAUCCUUAUUUUCUCCCCUCCCCCCACCCCACACUCUCUCUCUCUUCAUGUCCUGUUCAGCCCGACUCCUGUUCAGGGUGGGACUGAACAGUCCCUCUAUAGUCAUCUCAGCUGUUGUUCUCUCAUCAGGAAAACAGAAAAUAAUCUGCUGGGAAAACACCUUUUUGUUGAAACCUGUUAGCAGAACCUCUUUGACACCCUGAUAGGCUGGACUGGUCUAUUGGCUCUCUGAUUGGCUGGACUGGUCUGUUGACUCCCUGAUUGGCUGGACACACACACACACACACACACACACACACCCUCAGUCUGUUCAAAUCAGUCCCCCCUAGCCUUAAUACUGAUCCAAGGUCAGCUUUGCAUUUUCCUCCUAAUGGUCGAGGUUUGGAUUUGGGGAGGGUUAGCUUAUCCUAGAUCCCUGGCAAAGGGAAACUUAUACCCAGGGACAGUGUUUAUGUCUCAGUGUAGGGCAGCAGAGCGUCCAGUCAGGGUAUCAUCAGGUCUGGAGACCAUGCCUGGGUCUCAGACGGGGGCUUCAUUUAAUGAAGGAUUUAUCUCUGCAUCAAGUUGCGAACUCCAUUCCUUGUGGGAUUUAUUAUUCCAACAUUUUUUUUUAACCUUUAUUUAACUAGGCAAGUCAGGUAGGAACACAUUUUUAUUUACAAUGAACGGCCUACACCGGCCAAACCCGAACGACGCUGUGCCCAUUGUGCACCGCCCUUAUGGGACUCCCAAUCACGGCCGGUUGUUAUACAGCCUGUAAUCGAACCAGGGUGUCUGUAGUGACGGCCGGUUGUGAUACAGCCUGUAAUCGAACCAGGGUGUCUGUAGUGACGGCCGGUUGUGAUACAGCCUGUAAUCGAACCAGGGUGUCUGUAGUGACGCCUCUAGCACUGCAAUGCAGUGCCUUAGACCUGUGCGCCACUCGGGAGACAUGACAUAUGUUGAAGGACAAUAAUACAAAUCAUCAGAAUAUUACUCCCACACUCUUUUUUCCCCCCUCUGAACUUUUUCUCACAAGUUUCUUUGUGGAUAAGCUGAUAAACUGUCUUUCUGGUUUGAAUACACGUUGUCUGCAGCCUGUGCACCCCUUGCUUGUCUACAUGAUAGCCUGUCAAAGCCAAUAGGAUCAGAAGAUGUGUGUGUCUCUCUGUCUCUCUCUCUCUCUCUCUCUCUCUCUCUCUCUCUCUCUCUCUCUCUCUCUCUCUCUCUCUCUCUCUCUCUCUCUCUCUCUCUCUCUCUCUCGCUCUCUCGCUCUCUCUCUCGCUCUCUCUCUCUCUCUCUCUCUCUCUCUCUCUCUCUCUCUCUCUCUCUCUCUCUCUCUCUCUCUCUCUCUCUCGUAUCUAUCUCAUUAUUUAUAUAGCUUAGUCCCAUAGGUGUUUAGUGUGACAAUGACAAUAGGAGUUGGCAAGACAGCCCAAACUGAUCUGGGGCCAGGCUAGAGACGAUAUGUGUCAUAUAGCAGCAGCCACUAAAAUAGAGAUAUGAGAAGCACUCUUCCUGAGUCACACAAGGAUUGCCAGUGACAGAGGAGCUAAGGCCAAAGAGGGGAAGAGAGAGAGGGGGACGGAGAGAGAAAGAGGGGGAGAGAGAGUGUGUGUGUGUGUGUGUGUGUGUGUGUGUGUGUGUGUGUGUGUGUGUGUGUGUGUGUGUGUGUGUGUGUGUGAGUGUGUGUGUGAGUGUGUGUGUGACAUCAGUCACCGGCUUCAUUAAUAAGUGCAUCGACAACAUCGUCCCCACAGUGACCGUACGUACAUAUCUCAACCAGAAGCCAUGGAUACCAGGAAACAUCCGCACUGAGCUAAUGGCUAGAGCUACCAGUUUCAAGGAGUGGGACACUAAUGCGGAUGCUUAUAAGAAAUCUUGCUACACCCUCCGACGAACCAUCAAACAGGGAAGGAGUCAAUACAGGACAGAGAUUAAAUCCGACUACGCCAGUUCUGACGCUCGUCGGAAGUGGCAAGUCUUGCAAACUAUCACAGAUUAUUAAAGGGAAACCCAGGAGCGAACUGUCCAGUGACGCGAGCUGCCCAGAUGAGCUAAAUACCUUCUAUUCUCACAUUGAGUCUAACAACACUGAACCAUACAUGAGAGCACCAGCUGCUCUGGACGACUGUGUGAUCAUGCUCUCGGUUGCCGAUCUGGGAUACUGGUGGGAGCUCCCCGGGACAGAGGACUGGGCCUCAUGCGGAGACAGCGUCCUGGUGCCCUGUACCGCUGUCCAAUCACAGGCGAGAAGUUUGACUGCGAGCGAGUGGACAUCGAUGGAGAUGUAAACGUUGACCGGGAGAGCAAGGACAACCAGUGGCUAGGAGUGACAGUCAAGAGCCAGGGGAUUGGAGGGAAGGUGGUGACCUGUGCCCACCUGUAUGAGCUGCGUCAGCGUGUGGGCCUGCCGUCUGAGACGCGGGACCCUAUCGGGCGUUGCUAUGUCCUGAGUGAGGACCUGACAGAGAGGGAUGACUUGGACGGAGGAGAGUGGAAGUUCUGUGAGGGGCGACCCCAGGGACACGAACAGUUUGGCUUCUGUCAGCAGGGCCUGUCUGCCGCCUUCACACCAGACAAUAACUUCAUCAUGUUCGGCGCUCCAGGAACGUACAACUGGAAAGGAGAGAUGCGUGUCCAGCUGCUAAACCAGACACUGUUGGAUCUUGGUUUCUAUGACGACGGACCUUAUGAGGUGGCGGAUGAGAAACAGCUGAACGCUCAGCUGAUCCCAGUUCCCUACCAUAGUUACCUGGGUUUCUCGGUGGACUCUGCUAACGACAUAAUGAGCCAUGGGGAGCUGACCUUCGUGGCGGGGGCUCCGCGAGCCAAUCACACGGGAGCGGUGGUGCUACUGCGUAAAGACAACGUGUAUCGCCUGGUACCACAGCACAUCCUGUGGGGAGAGGAGCUGGGCUCAUCCUUUGGGUACUCUGUGGCCACGGCUGAUCUCAACAGCGAUGGCUGGACAGACCUGAUAGUGGGAGCUCCCAACUAUUUUGACAGGAAGACAGAGAUCGGAGGUGCUGUGUACGUCUUCCUCAACAGAUACGGUAACUGGGAGUACGCUCGGCCAAUCAGGCUCAACGGAACUCAUGACUCCAUGUUUGGACUGACCGUCAACAAUGUGGGAGACCUGGACCGGGACGGAUAUGAUGACAUCGCUGUGGGGGCUCCGUUUGAUGGACAUGGCAAAGUGUUCAUCUACCGAGGCUCGUCCUCAGGCAUCGACACCAAGCCGGCACAGAUCCUGGACGGAGUGAACGAGGGGGUGAAACGGUUCGGCUACUCCAUCUCAGGCGGCCUGGACAUCGAUGGGAACCUGUACCCUGACCUUGCAGUAGGCUCUCUCGGUGAUAAGAUGGUUCUGUACAGGUCUCGCCCGGUCAUUCACGUGACCCGGGACGUGUCCAUCGAACCUCAGCAGUAUAUUGACUUGGAGCAACACAACUGCAAGGGGAGAGAUGGAGUUUGUGUGGAGGUCAAAGUGUGCUUCACCUACACUGCAUAUCCAGAGUCCUACUCACCAGACAUCACCCUGGUCCUACUCUUCGAGGCUGACACCGAGCGCAGGAAGCUGGGCCUGCCCCACCGUGUUAGCUUCCUGGGUCGGAGUGCACAGGAGGCGGAGUACACACACACUGAUGAGGUGGAGCUGAAGGGUCAACGCCAUCCCGCCUGCCGGAGCGCCACCUUCCAACUACACGAGAAUAUCCGUGACAAGCUGCGUCCCAUCACCCUGGCCAUCACCCACACUAUCAGACCCCCCAUGUUGUCCUCAGACACUAACCCAGAGGAACAACACACACUGCCUCCCGUACUGGGUGUUACCACCUCCAACACCCUGCGCUCUGAGGUGAAUUUCCUGAGGGAAGGCUGUGGUGAUGAUAAUAUCUGUCAGAGCAACCUGAAGUUGACCUACCAGUUUGGAACCCGACCUAUAACCUCUGACCUCUUCACCCCUCUGCCAAAAGAUGAUGAGGAGGUGUCAGUUUUCUCUCUGUCUGACCAGAGGUCCGUGGUGAUGGAGGUGACCGUCACCAACGUGCCCUCUGACUCUCUGUACCCUGAGAAGGACGGUGACGAUGCCCAUGCUGCCCAGCUAGUGGUCACCCUGCCAGACACCCUGUCCUACUCUGGCUUCAGGGGACAACAGGUGGUGUGUCAGGCCAAUCAGAACGGCUCUCAGGCAGAGUGCGAGCUGGGAAACCCCCUGAAGAGAGGUUCUAUCCUGAUGUUCUACAUCCUCCUCAGCACGUCUGCUAUCACCAUAGAGACCACGGAACUCACUGUCAACCUCCUGCUGGCCACUAUCAGUGAACAGCCAGACCUGGCCCCUGUCACAGCCGUGGCUAAAGUCAUCAUAGAGCUCCCUCUGGCUGUCAGCGGGGUGGUCCGGCCACACCAGCUGUUCUUCAGUGGAGUUGUGAAGGGGGAGAGUGCUAUGGAGACUCUGGACGAUGUGGGCAGCGCUCUGGACUUUGAGUUUACGGUGACCAACACUGGGCCGUCCCUGCAGACUCUAGGCUCUGCCUUCCUCAACAUAAUGUGGCCUCAUGAGCUGUCCAAUGGGAAGUGGCUCCUGUACCCCACCGCUUUUCACUUCCAGGGCCAUCCAGAAACACACUGUAGAACCCACACCUCCCUCAACCCACGGAAGUUUUCCCACAGUUCUCCUUCUGAAGACCAGCCACAGGCUACAUUCAGGAGGAAGGGACGAUCCCACCCGGAAGAGGAGGGGCAUGUGAUGACCAAGGGCAGUCUGGGUAGGACCACGCCCGCUGUGGCUGCCUCCGAGAGACGGAAGUCACUCAAACUGGACUGUCUGCUGGGGUCCGCACGUUGUGUCCUGUUCCAGUGUCCUCUCCACAGCUUCUCUGGCUCGGCUGUCCUCAAGAUCCAGGGACGUUUGUGGAACAGCACCUUCCUGGAGGAGUUCCCAUCAGUCAGUGCUCUGGAGCUGCUGGUCAGAGCCAACAUCACAGUCAAGUCCAGCAUCAAACACCUGGUGCUGAGGGAUGCUGCUGCACAGGUCCCAGUGAUGAUUUACCCAGAGGUUGGUCUGACUGCCCAGUACUGGAUCCCCUGGUGGUGGAUUCUCAUAGCCAUCCUGGCUGGUAUCCUGGUGCUGUCCCUGCUGGUCUGCAUCCUCUGGAAGUGUGGUUUCUUCCGUCGGGUCCAGUAUGAAGAAAAAGUGCCUCAGUACCAUGCGGUGAAGAUUCCCCAUCAGGACCUGCCCCAGUUCCAUGAGAGCCAGCAGAAGGCAGGGAUCCUCCACAAGAAAGAGUGGGCUACACACUGGAGCGAUGGAACUUCCUGAUCGACAGCAACAACAAAAACAACAACAAGGAAUUGAAUAAAAAACAAACCCCCAAUUCCACCCAUAUGGCCCACUCACUAACUCUGCGGUGUAGUAAAUGUGUGCACACAGACUGGCCGUGUCACAACAGUGUUGUGACACAUUGAGGCAACGUCCUGAUCCUUCACCCUUCUUCUGAAGUGGACUUAUUAAUGCUGACUACUCUCUCCUACGUAUUUAUAUGGACAGUGAUGCUAACUUUCUACAUUGUCUCUAUAGUCCAGCAUUUUGGAUUUGAGAUCAAAUGUUCCACAUGAGGUGACAUUACAUAAUGUCAUCUUUCACUUGAGGGUAUUAUUUAUACAUAUCUGAUUUACCAUUUAGAAAUGAAAGCACUUUGUAGAUUUAGUCCCCCCCAUUUGAAGACGUCAUAAAUGAGUAUUUGGACAAAUUUCACUUACAUGUGUAUUAAAAUAGUCAAAAAUGUAAGUAUUUGGUCCCAUAUUCCUAGCACACAAUGACUACAUCAAGCUUGUGACUCUACAAACUUGUUGGAUACAUUAGAUGGUUCUAAACACUUCUACAUGAACGUGGAUGCUAAAAUGAUUAUGGAUAGUCAUGAAUCAUUAAAGACGAUGAGUGAGAAAGUUACAGAGGGUCAAAGGUCUUGCCCCCAAGACAUGCUAACCUCCCGUGUUAUUGGUAAUGUUGAGAGGUUAGCAUGCUUUGCUGUAGCUUCUAUAACUUUCCCACUCAUCAUUAUUCACAAUUCAUUCAUGAUUUUUCUUAAAUCGUGGCAUUAUCAGGAUUGAUAUAGAACUGUUCACAAACAUCUCAUCUACUCACUUAGAUGGAAGAUCGCCCUAAUCCUCAUUCACCAUUCAGUUCCUAUUGGGCAAAACCCAACUACGACUGCAUCUAAGAAGUUUAUAGAGUCACAAGCUUGACGUACUCGUUGCAUGCUAGAAAUAUGGGAGCAAAUACUCAACUUUUGACUA